CCUGUGUAAAAUAAGGUAUCCAUGUGGAUGUGGCCCACUGAUUAAGCAGAUGGGUCCCACCCCAGUGCCUGCUCAGGUGCUCAGACAAUAAAGAGACUGUUCACUCUCAGAGUGAGGCACUGCAUCUAAAGCACUGUUUCUUUUAGGACAAAAGCUGAGCAGAAGAGUUUACAGGCUGAAGGAUUAGCACUAAUGUGCAUAAUCAUUAGAGAAAUAAUGAAUCUUUAUUGGAUUAUUGGGCUCCUAGUGCUGUGGCCAGGUGUAAUUACCAGUGGCAAUGUCACAGCAGCUCCUGCAGGUUCUGCAGAUCAGGAACCCAUUCCUGUCGCCUUCCAAGAGAUUUCCGAUUCUGACUCCUCUAUGACAACAUCCAUCACCAGCACCCAAACCCCUGCAGUUACUACUACAAAAUCUACAAUUUCUACAACUUCAGCCUCAACCACAACAGUACAUCCAAGCACCAAAGUUUCAGCCAUGUCUGCAUCCAGUUCUUCAACCACAACAGUACAUCCAAACACCAAAGUUUCAGCCAUGUCUGCAUCCAGUUCUUCAACCACAACAGUACAUCCAAGCACCAAAGUUUCAGCCAUGUCUGCAUCCAGUUCUUCAACCACAACAGUACAUCCAAACACCAAAGUUUCAGCCAUGUCUGCAUCCAGUUCUUCAACCACAACAGUACAUCCAAGCACCAAAGUUUCAGCCAUGUCUGCAUCCAGUUCUUCAACCACAACAGUACAUCCAAGCACCAAAGUUUCAGCCAUGUCUGCAUCCAGUUCUUCAACCACAACAGCAAAUCCAAGAAGCAACGUUUCAGCCAUGUCUGCAUCCAGUUCUUCAACCACAACAGUACAUCCAAGCACCAAAGUUUCAGCCAUGUCUGCAUCCAGUUCUUCAACCACAACAGUACGUCCAAGCACCAAAGUUUCAGCCAUGUCUGCAUCCAGUUCUUCAACCACAACAGUACGUCCAAGCACCAAAGUUUCAGCCAUGUCUGCAUCCAGUUCUUCAACCACAACUGUACAUCCAAGCACCAAAGUUUCAGCCAUGUCUGCAUCCAGUUCUUCAACCACAACAGUACGUCCAAGCACCAAAGUUUCAGCCAUGUCUGCAUCCAGUUCUUCAACCACAACAGCAAAUCCAAGAAGCAACGUUUCAACCACCUUUGAUUCCAGUUCUUCAACCACAACAGUACGUCCAAGCAACAACAUAUCAACCACAACUGAUUCCAGUUCUUCAACCACAACAGUACAUCCAAGCACCAAAGUUUCAGCCAUGUCUGCAUCCAGUUCUUCAACCACAACAGUACGUCCAAGCACCAAAGUUUCAGCCAUGUCUGCAUCCAGUUCUUCAACCACAACAGCAAAUCCAAGAAGCAACGUUUCAACCACCUUUGAUUCCAGUUCUUCAACCACAACAGUACGUCCAAGCAACAACAUAUCAACCACAACUGAUUCCAGUUCUUCAACCACAACAGUACAUCCAAUCACCAACAUUUCAGCCGUGUCUGAAGGAUCAGACACAGUUUCAACAGUGCAGGGUGUGCCUGGUUGGGGCAUUGCCAUCCUCGUGCUGGCGGCUAUCAUACUAUUCUUCAUGCUUGUCCUCCUCAUACUGCUGCUGCUGUUUUGGUGCUGUUGCUGGAAACAGCGUGGCUUCGUGCAUGUGUCUGAUCCAGACCCAACAGGCUAUUAUAAUCCCGACAUUCCUAUGUACUCCUCUCACAGCACGUAUGACUCACACAACGGCAAAUCACUGAAUUUUAAUUAACAGGAUUCAGACCCAGAGAGACUUCAGAAAAAACGGACUGGAACGUACACAGUGAACAAGUGAACGCCCUCGGCUUAAAGUCAAGUGGUACAACUUUUGAAUCAAACAGUGAAACCCAUGGAAUAAUUUACUCACCACUACUCAGCAAAAACUUUCAGGUGCUGUUGGGCUUUUGUGUUCUACUUUUCAACUUGCCAGUCCAGCGAUUCAAGAGGCACCAUGUAAAAGCUGUUCACAGACUGUAAUACUAAAUGACCAGUGGGGAUCAUACUGUACAAUACUCUGAAUAUAUAACACUGAUUUAAGAGCAAUCACCAACCACUACAUAUAACCUUCACUUCGUACUGUUUGUUGAGACAGUACUUUAAAUUGGUUUACAAUAGUAAACUGAACUGUUUCCAA